AUGGCACCAAAGGAUCCUCUAACUCUCACAUUAAGCGAUAUCAGGCUGACAUGGAAGGGAAGCAAGCCUGCCAGACCUGAUGCUGGCGGCAACAUGGUUGCCGACAUGGAGAGAAUUGCUAAAGCCGAGGCACUGAGGGUUGGCUAUGAUGAGGACCUACACGACGAAAACCUCCGGAAGUUUCUUUGGGACCAGGUCCACCCGAAGCCGAAACUUCAGUUCCGCCAGAACCGCUACGAAAACUGUGUGCCGUGGGAAACAACCACUGAGACUUUCUUGCAGCAAACCGAGCCCCAUGAACAUAGCUACCCCGACUGGGUUGGCGGCACCUACAUUGCCAUCGUUUCCGUAUUGCAGCAGUGGCAGCACCAACAGACAAGCCAGCAGUCUCGCGAUAAUGAGAUAUUGAUCCUACUCACUCUCUACCUCGACUUCACUAAAGGCGUACAACAGAUGUCUUACCGGCAAAACCUCUUCAUCUUCUUCAUCUUCGUCAUCCUCUUCAUCUUCAAUCUCUUCGGGUUGCGGCUCUGCUUCAGCCUCAAUUUGGGGCUCUGCGGGAAGCUCACCGCCUUGUAA